AUUAAAUUAUCAUGCGAUUGUGUUCCGUACAUCGUACAGUGGGUAAGGUACCUUAUCCAUAUAUUGCUUCCUGUGUAUUCCGUAUAAGCUUCCAAUUCGCGAAAAUUUCAUCUUGCCCUCCCCCAUUCCUCCCACGGCCUGAUAUCUUAUAUCUUAUAUCUUAUACUCCCGACAAGUCCAAUACUCCCUCCGUAUAAUCAAUUGGCAUCCCCAUUGGGACACGGAAGUAUCAUGAAACGCAAGGCCGAGACCCUGGCCGACAGGCCCGGGGAAUCAUCUUCUUCCGCCUCUUCGAAGAAGCGCUCCAAGACCGCCCUGACCGACGAGCAGGUCAAACCCCGAUUCCGCAACGGCCUUUUCGAUCCCCAAGUCCUCGAUGCCUACACAAGCGAAUACGCCCAGUCGGCUCCCUACAAGCAUGCCGUCAUCCACGACCUCGUCGACGACAACCUCCUCCGCCAUGUUCGUGACGAAAUCCGCGAGAACGUGUCCUUCACGCCCAAGGAAACCGAUAUCUACAAGAUCCAUCAGUCGGGCGACCUCGCCAACCUGGAUGGCCUCGACGACGACGCCCUCGCCAAGCUGCCCUCUCUCCUCAGCCUACGCGAUGCCCUCUACUCCGACGCCUUCCGCUCCUACGUCUCCCACAUUACAGGCUGCGGACCCCUGAGCGGCCGCAAGACCGAUAUGGCCAUCAACGUCUACACCCCGGGCUGCUACCUCCUCUGCCACGACGACGUCAUCGGCAGCCGCAAGGUCAGCUACAUCCUCUACCUCGCCGACCCGGAUAUCCCCUGGAAGCCCGAAUGGGGCGGCGCCCUCCGCCUCUACCCCGUCCGCGAGAUCACCGGCGGGGACGGCCAGGUGGCCAAGACCCCGUCUCCGGACGCCUCCAAGGUCAUCCCCCCGGCCUGGAACCAGCUCUCCUUCUUCGCCGUCCAGCCGGGCGAGUCGUUCCACGACGUCGAGGAGGUCUACCACGCCGACUCGCCCGAGCAGCUCGACCGCGAAGGCGGCCGCAUCCGACUGGCCAUCAGCGGCUGGUUCCACAUCCCGCAAGUCGGCGAGGACGGCUACGUCGAGGGCGCCGAAGAGAAGCUCGCCGAAAACUCGAGCCUCAUGCAGCUGCAGGGGAACCCCGCCCAGUACGACGCUCCGCAGGCCCAGCCGCAACCCGCUCGCACCCGUGCUGCCGACGACGACGACGACAACAACAACACCAAGGCAUCCGGUUCCAUCGGCCUCGACGAGUUUGACGAGACCGACCUCGACUUCCUCGUCAAGUACCUCGCCCCGACCUACCUGACCCCGGACGCCCUGGAACAGAUCGCCGAGCACUUCGACGAGAACUCGAGCAUCACCCUGCCCAACUUCCUCUCCAACAAGUUCGCCGCCCGGCUCCGCCACUACGUCGAGGCCCAGGAGAGGGUCCCCCUGCCGGAAGGCGGCAGCCCCGCCAUCGAGGCGAAGACCCCCUGGCGCGUCUCCAACCCGCCACACAAGCACCGCUUCCUGUACCAGCAGCCGAGCGGGCCCGACCAGCCGCGCGCAUCGCAGGAAGCAUCCUCCUCCUCCCCCAUCACCGAACUGCUCGACGUCCUGCUCCCCAGCCGCCAGUUCCGCGUUUGGCUCGAGACCGCGACGGGCUGCAUCAUCGAGAACCACGACCUGCUCGCCCGCCGUUUCCGCCGCGGUCACGACUACACCCUCGCUACCGGCCACGAUGGCAAGCCCCGCCUCGAGCUGAAUCUCGGUAUAACGCCGACGACUGGCUGGGGUGACGAUGACGAUGAAGGCGACGCCGAAGAAGAAGACGAAGACGAAGACGAAGCCGAGGCGAACGGCAACGGCAAGGGCAACGGCAAGGCAAAAGCCAAGUCCAAGCCCAAGAGUCAAGCCAAAACCAAGGACGAUCGGAAAGAUAAGGGCAAGGGCAAAGCGAAAGCCACCGAGGCAGAAAAAGACGAGGAAGAAGCGGAAGCACACGAUUCGGAAGCAGAAGAAGUAGGCGGCGUUGAAGUCUACAUGGCCGGCGACGACGACGACGACGACGACGACGAAGAAGAAGAAGAAGAAGACGACGACGAUGACGAAGAGACCGAGCAGAACAAGCACAGCGGCACCGCCACAAACGGCGAGUCCGCCAGCACCAGCCACGCCAAGAAGAAGACCAGGAACAGCGCCAAGGACAAGAACGACGCCGCCAUCUACCGCUCCAGCGGCGACGAGGACAACAUCCUCUUCUUCCAGGCCGCCGCCUGGAACAAACUCACCCUCGUGCUGCGCGACAGCGGCGCCCUGCGCUUCGUCAAGUACGUCAGCCGCCGCGCCCCCGGCGACAGGUGGGACGUCUCCGCCACCUUUGACGUCGAGGAGCAGGACCUCCCGCCCGGGGAGGACGAUGGGGAGGAUGAGUUUGAGGGGUUCUCGGAUAAUGAUGACAGCAGCGAGUCAGAUUGAAUUUUUUUUUUUUUUUU